GAGUUUUAUAUGUCUUUUACAUUUUUUUCAAAAUAUCGAGACACGUGCGUACAUGUAUACUAAAGAGAUGUGUACCUGUUGAAACGCGCCAUAUUGUCAAAGUCAGCUGUACACAAUUCGGAGCCAUAUAUGUCCAUCGAGAGUUCUGUUUACUAUAAAUUUUUUCUGAACUUGGAGCUGUUACUACAUGUAUAAGUUUGUUCUAAAUUACGUUUAGUCACUUAUUCUCUCUUACAAACAACUAACAAUUCUAGAGUUUUGUCUGUCAAACACAAUAUAAAAGUUUCACCACAGAACUUCGUGGUGAUUUUCUUUUGUAUACAAUCAUGGAUUCGAAACACGACGAAUCGUUAAUGCACGUACUUCGCGAAUCAAAAAACGUGGCUAAUUUCUUGGAUACUAUUUUUGGAUUCUUAUACAGAUGCACAGAUUUUUAUGAAGAACACCCGAAAAACUCUAUGCAGAAAAUAGGAUUUGCACACAAAGAAAUAGAUAUACUUGUGGCAAGCACUUUGAGCAGAUGGAAGGAUUGGGCAUUAAAUUCUUCACGGAAGAGAAAAUUGUCUACAGAUAAUUGUAAAACUAAUGAGAAUAAUGCAGAAUGUUUUAAUUCCACAAAAGAGACCAAAAAAACUGCACCAUGUAACGACUCUGAUAACACAGUUUCUUCUGCAAAAUCAUCCAAUACAGAUCACACAGCAGACAGUUACAAUGGAGCUGUGAGAGAUAAUUAUGUCUGGACUCAAACUCUUACUGAUUUGGAUGUACUUGUGAACAUACCGGAAUAUGUAAAAUCAUCUAGCUUUCUCAAAGUCAAUAUAACUUCGGAUGAAAUCAGAAUUGACGUUAAGUCGUCUGAUUCUGGAGAAGAUUCCACUUGGAAAAAUCUUUUCAAUGGCAAAUUUAGUUUCAAAAUUCGGAAAGAUGAAUCUAUGUGGAGUAUUGUACCCGGGAAACAAAUCAGUAUUCAUCUUGAAAAAGUUACUGAAACAUGGUGGGAUGCUUUGAUAGUUAACGAACCGAAAAUCGAUUUACGCCAGAUAGACUGUUCGAAAAAUUUUGACGAUAUGACGCCAGAUGAACAAAUGAAAGUGCAAGAAUUGAUGUGGAAUCAUCAACAGAAACUCUCGGGCAAUGAAACUACAGAUGAGAAGAAAAAUCGCAAAAAUAUAGAGGCAAGUUUGAAAAAAGCAUGGGAUGCAGAAGGAUCGCCUUUCCGAGGUAAACCUUAUGAUCCAUCUGUUCUCAAAUUUAAUUAGUAUAUGUGUUAAUCUUUUGUGCAAUAUAUCUGAUGUUAUAAAUUAAAAUACAUAUUGUAUAUUGAUACUUCUACAAAUUUUACGUGUAUCAAUUGCAUUGUUCUGCGAAAUAUUUCUAUUUUGUAUGCAUUUUGUACUUAUUUUAUAUUUAAGAUAAAAAAAUUGCGGAAAAAAAACAAACUUAUUUAUGUGCGUUUCAACUAAUUAUAUUUAGAGAUUUUACUGAAAAAAAACUCACAACAGUUUA